ACGGGCUGCUUAAAGCCUCAGACCAAUAUGUUGAAAGUGAGGUUUCGGUCACUGCUGUUGGACUACGAUGGUUAAAGGGCAGCUGUUGUUCCAGUUUACUUUUAGCCACAUAACUGGAUAACUAUUUAACUUGUGUUUCUUUAGUAGCCUACACGGUGGAGUUAUUAAUAUAGGGAUUUUAUUUUCCCUUUUUUAUCGUCUCUGUCAAAUUAUCACGUUCUAGAGCGGGGGACGAUAAGGAGGACCUGGAGCUGCUGAUUGGAGCAGCUUUCCCAUUCAGCGUCACACAUCCAAGAUGAAGUUAAAAGGGAGCGUUCUCAUUUUCCUGCUGGGUGUGAUGGGCAUCGGACUGUUUUGGAGAGCAGACAUCUCACCAUACUUCACACUUCUGGCUAAAAGGCCCUGUGUUUGUGACCGAUGUUUAUCUGAAGGUGAUUCGUUGUUUGAUCAGCGUUUCAGCAAAUUUGAUGAACCAUUUUUGUCAGUAAACUACAAUCUCUCAGAGGACAAUUUCAACUGGUGGAAGGACAUACAAGGUCGAGGGCAAAUCUUGAGUGUAUACAGAGAAAAAGUGGAAAGGCUUUUUCAGUUGGUCCCAGCCAGUGCUCAUGUUGAAGCAUCCAGCCCUGACCGCUGCAGGACUUGUGCUGUGGUGGGGAAUUCUGGUAAUUUGAUGAAAUCACACUACGGACCUCUAAUAGAUUUCCAGGACUUUGUCAUAAGAAUUAACAGAGGUCGUACCAAAGGCUAUGAAGCAGAUGUUGGGAACAGAACAACUCAUCGUGUCAUGUAUCCAGAGAGUGCUGUGGAUAUAGAUAACACCACUAUUCCUGUGCUGUUUCCAUUUAAGUUAACGGAUUUUGACUGGUUUAUGAAGGCCCUCAGCACAGGACCUUCUGGAAGGAAAUCUAAGUUCAACAAGGAUUUGGUGAUGCUCCUUAACCCAGCGUUCAUGAGGUACGUUCAUGUCAUGUGGCUGCAAAAGAAGGGCCAUUAUCCAUCCACUGGCUUCAUGACUGUGGUUCUUGCCCUGCAUCUUUGUGACGAGGUCCAUGUGUUUGGUUUUGGAGCAGACAGUGAUGGAAACUGGAGUCAUUACUGGGAACAACUCAGGGACAAAAAGUUAAAAACUGGAGGACAUCCUGGAGGUGAAGAGUAUAAAAUGAUCGUGGAGCUAUCGAAGCAUCAAAUACUCACGUUUUACACGGGCUGGUGAUCUUUCUCUCAGCAUUUAACGUAUUCAAGCCUUGAUAGUGAAUCACUUAGAAAGCAAAACAAGACUAAGAAGCCUUCAAGAAACAUCUCUUUUCAGACUAACUCCCCUGCUGCACACGUUAAAGAUUAAAAAUGUGAGUGAUAAAUCAUCCAUGAUCUAAUGGAGAGGGAACUAACACUACAUGUAUAGUUACUGAUCCUUUCACAUCUUUUCACUGUGUUAUAAUGUUUUAACGAAAAAUGGUCUUUGGAAGGUUUUUCGAAGUAAAAAUACAUGAAGCUAGUUUUUCCAAGGUUUAAACAAACAAUUAUCUUUGUGUUUUUACAUGAAAUAUCAAGGUUUAAUUCACGAGAUGUCAAUUUUGAAGUAGUGAUGAUCGCUUGCCUGUGUUACUGAUAUAGCCACCCGUAGAAGUGUCUUCAUGAUUGUGACAAAAAUAUUCUAACAACUGAAGUAAACUAAAACACGUUGGGGUAAUGGUGAAGUAUACUUUAUUAAAUGUAUUUAACUGAUGUAA